CGGAGCAAUAAAAUAGUAAAGCUCUACCUAUUUAGUUUGUGGCAACAAAAUAAAAUGGCGUGACGGCCGAUAGCGUAAUGGUGGGUUUUGUUUGAGGGCGCGAUUUUGGUAUUAAUAAGUGGGGUGGUAAUGUACAUCCAAGAAUUUGAUAUGUGUUUGUUCUUUUCCUAAAAUCGAAACUAGUUAAAGUUCACCGACAGUGAUAUACAGUGUGCUGAAAAAAAUAGAGUUGCAGUGUUGAUACUAUGGCAAAGCUAUGGAAUCGCUUGACGAAUCGAAUUGUCGCUCAAUGAGCGAUAGUUUUUCUUUAUAUGAACGUUAUUUGAGAAGUUUCAAUGUGGUAGAUAAUUUGAACGAAGAAGUAAAUCCUAGAGAGCCAACCUCAACUAAUUGUGAUUACGAAAGCUCCAACAGUGGAAGCAAUAUUGACUUGUCAGACGCUCCUUCUACUGUUACUGACAAAAACAAACUCUGUGACAGACCUGAACAUCCAUUAAUAAAUUCAACAACGUGUCAUAGUUUAGGUUUAAAUAAGAGUUAUUUGCAAAGUGAUUUGUGUCUCAAAGCUGAAUCGAGUUCGUCCCUAGCGGUGUCGCUGCUCGAUAACUCCUCUGCUACUGCUGAUAACUGCCUUCUGAACGAGAAAUCCGAUCCGGUAGAUGUGCCAGUGUCAUCUGACGAUUCAAAACCUGAGAUUUUUAAACAACCCAUGUUCAUAACCUCUACUAUGGAGAAUAGUAACAACGCCGUCGACAGUGUGCCUAUGUUCCGUGACGUGAGGAGUGCAGAGAAUGUGUUUAAAUUACCAAUUAGUGAGCUAUCCUUCAAUGGCACUAUAAAACAUGUGAAAAAGUUAAAGCCUAUUGUGGAUCCCAUCACAGCAUUGACUUCGAAUAAUGGAUUAGUGAACAUGGAUGAUAAAUCUACUGACUAUCAGGCAUAUUUGGCCAGAGUAGAAGAUAUUGAGCCUGUUAGUGAAACAGGGUGCAAUGUUGUGUCAUCAGAUGAUCAUAGCAGCAGUGAUAUGAGGGCUGAGAUUGAGAAAACAAAUGAAAGCACAGGUGACUCACAGUAUGAAGAAUGUAAGAAAGAAGUCCAAAGAGAAGAGGGUAGCAACACUAAGUGGAACUCAGAACAGAGUCAUUCAUCAUUGGAGGAAUCUUUUGACAGUGGAGUGCGGUCCCCAGACUUGUUUUCUGAUGAAGAUGAGGAAGUGUCACACCCACAACCUGAAGCCGAACCUUUUUGGAAUUUCCUAAAAGACUUUGAAGUUUAUGAGAAAAAGAAAGUAAAGAAGAUUGAGCAAACUCUUCAAGGUGUGUUACCCCCUCCUUCCAUCACUACUCUGAAGAUUGACGUGACGGAAAUGCUCAAGAAAUACUACUGUUUUCUGCCGGCAUUUAGUGAAGAUGUUAAAGUUGAUGCUUCCAAAGUCAACUCGGCAACUCCAACAAAACGAGUUUCUUUUGUUCAGAUUCCAACUGAAACUGAGUCAACACUAGACAGUGAUAAGAUGACAAUAAGAAUGAAAAGUACAGAUAGUGUAAAAUCCGCAUCGGACUUAGAUACUAGUGCAAGUGACAAAAGUGUCAAUAUUAAGAUGGGUAGUGAAAUAGAAGCAUUGGACACGGCCUGGCCUGAAAUAUUGAAAUGCAGAUAUUAUGAUGUUUAUUACAAUGUGACAACCUACUCUGAGAAGUUUGAAUUGCUCGCCCGUCGGUACAGUGAGAGGUUUGUUGGGGCUGAGACAGACACAAGCGUUUGCAUUUACUCCGGAGGCCUGCAGUCUCCAAGCAGUGCAUGCAAAAGGAAGGCUCUAAGAUUAAAGAUGGCGCAGGCGAAGUCUCCAGGUCGCCGGCUGUCCCACCUGGCGCGCCGUCGGCAAGCGUUCUGCACUGCCGCCACCAUCGAAAGGCAGGCCUCAACCAAGAUGGUGCUCAUUGAUAAGAAUUUCUUCCCACACAGAAAGCUGAUCAACACUUCAGAAAGAAAAAGCCCACGGCUCAGACGCACCCCCGGGAAGAAGACUCCAGGGAAAAAGACGCCCGCCAAAACACCCAAGACACGCAGUGGAGGCUCUAGUAAAAAGAAAGCUAUGCGACGCUUACUGAUGGACCAGGACACAUUAACUAGGUCACAACCAACACGGGAAACCCUAAAAAGGGCCUUAUUUAUAAGCCCAGAGAAUAGAAAGUCAGUCCCAGUUGCAAGUUCAUCAGUGCCUCUUCAAGCAAUGAGGUCGAAGCGCGCAUUAUUUGGUUCACCAGAGUUGGCUCAGACAAAGAGCUCAGAUGGCUCAUCGAGUGAUCAGUUUUUGAAGCGAAAGCGCGACGCUUUAGAUGAUGUACCGGAGACCAGUAGAAGCAAAAUUGCCAAAAGUCUGUCUUUUGGCGGCGAUAAUAUUGGCAAUUCGUCGCAUAUGACCAUAAACCGUCGCGCCUCGGAAAUGUUCAUGUCGAAAAAUACCACCCAGUUGAACGAGAAUCAUAAGAAGAAACUACUAUGGGCGGUGACGGAAGCCCUACGCGCCCACGGCUGGAGCAUGUCUUCGCCAGGGUUCCGGGAGAAGGCGUCCGCGCUCGCUCGCCUCACUAAGAAGCUGCUUACGCUGCCUCCCCACGCCGCUAGGCUGGCCUCACCACACCUUUCCACGUCGGAGACUAUGCUCAAACUCGCGCGCCGAUACGUGUUCGCGAUAAUCCAAGAACGCUCCGUCGACGAUUGCUUUAAAGAGGAGCAAACGAAACUCAGCAACGAAACCAACACCAAAGUGACCGGCUACAUCUCGGCCACUGCUUACCAACAAAUGAAAGCACGACAGGCCGCCAGCACUUCACAGAUCAAAGAGAACUACAACACUGUAGCUGUAAAACCAGAACAGCCAAGAAGCAACUCGAAAAAUAUCCUACAAGACAAAUUAGUAAAUAUCGACUCGGACUCAAAUUCUAAUAAUAGUGAUAUGAGCAUGAUCGAUAAAGCUAAUCUAGGCAUAUUCAAAUCUAAUUCGAUGCCUUCCUUUGAGGAAGCCGCAAAGAUGAGGGCGCGGAGACAGAUUAGUUUUGACAAUGUGGAGUUUCCAAAGAGGUGAUGUGUGUGAAUUCUCUACCAAUGACUUGUCUGUUGGUGAAAAACGUGUAAAUAAGUAAUAUUUAUUAUUGAAUUAUUAUUUCCGAAUUUUUACUUAUGCAACUUUUUGAUUUAGUCUGAAUUCUAUUGUUAGUUAUUUCCUUUUAGUUCCUUGACUAGUUUUUAGUCAUAACAACUGACAAUUAAUUACACUGUGUUUUUUUUUUAGUGAAUGUGACUUUUGGUAGCUAAGUUUAGAAUAAUUUUAGAGUUUUUAUUUUGCUUUUAGUCGCAAUACUAGUACCGAGAUGUAAGUGGAAUUUAGUGUAUGAUAUCGUCAAUAUUAUAAUUAACUCAUUGCGCUCUUCCGCUUUGUUUUGUCUUAUAGUUUUAUUUCGUUACUGUUAUGCUGAGUUGACAUGAGUUUAGUAGUUUUUAACUUGGUAUUGUUUAGAAGUGGCGGUUCUAUCAUUGCAAUUUCCGCCGUCGACGAGGAUAAUAAAUAACCUUUGAUCAAUUUUAGACUAGAUUCACAAAUGAGAACAAAAUUAAACAAAAAUGUCCUCACUUUUAAUCAUUCAAAAGUGGUCUACAGUAUAGCAUACAAUCCUUCACAAUGAGCAGAGUUGUACAUUAAAAGAUUGUGAACUUUAUUGUAAUAUUUUAAGAUCCAUUUGCAAAAAGAUGGAGUAAUUUAAACCUUUUGGGCUACUUUUUCACUGGGAUUGUGGGUCUUAUUGUUUAUGAUGUCUUUUAUUAUGACCUUUUAUUUUUAUAAUAUAGAUCUACAUUGACGUAACUCUGACCUUUCUCAUUGAGAUCUUUAUUUAGUUAUAUCAUUUUGUUACUUUAUAAGAUGGCGUUUUUUAAACGGCUUUAACUCUUAUGUUCACCUAACUGAGGGGUUAGUGCGAGUUUUACUCGAUCUAACGCGUCUGAUCCUUGUUUUAUUUCAAGAUACUAAAAUAAGAGUGUUCGUUGCAUCUAAGGUCUAUACUAAAAUUGAAAAUGAUAUUAUACAUUCAUAUGUUUUCUGCACGAUCGUACACCUCGCGACUUUUUUCAGCGCCAUCUGUUAUGAAAAUUUUGCACUACAUUCAUAUAUUGAUGAGCCACUAAAAUCGCGAAAUAUGGCAUAAAUGACAAAUCAACGUACGCUCACGUUUUACUAAACGAAUGCCAUUUAAAGCAUAACUAAUUUCUUAGCAACUAGUAGCCAGCAUUUUGGUAAUUUGUACUUAUAUUAUCAAAUUGACAUAGGAAUGUGCAGUGCAUACGAUGUUCCGAAUAUAUCUUGUAUUUUGUGGUAUGUGACAAGUAUGCCUUGCGAUGUGUUGCUAUUGCUGAGCUUUGAUCUCGGGUGUUAUAUAAGGAUAAGUAAUAAAUUAU